ACAAAAAAUAAAUCAUGCCCCCCAAACCGCGCCCUCCACCUAGCCGCGCCGUCACGGUCUCCAAAGCCCUCAGCUUACUCCUCCGUCAUGCCGCCGAAAAAGAAGGCUUGAAGAUAGACGCCCAGGGCUACGCCAACGUCGCAGACGUGCUCUCAUGGCGAAAACUCAAAUCCCUAAAAGUCACCUUCCCCGAGAUCAUCGAAGCGGUAGCCAAUUCCGAUAAGAAGCGAUUCGCACUACUUUACGCCCCUGCAUCCACACCCACGGAGACAGAAGAAAAAGAAGCAGCAGAAUCCAAAGAAGAAUCCACGACAGCCGCCAUCACCGCCAGCACGACCGACUCCACACCCACCCACUAUCUCAUCCGCGCAACCCAAGGCCACAGCAUCAAGAGCGUCGAGGCCGCCCACCUGCUUGAAAAACUCACCCUAGAGGGGAAAGACAAGUUACCGGGGACGGUCGUGCACGGGACGUAUCAUUCGGCGUGGCCGGCGAUCGUAGCGUCGGGGGGAUUGCGCUGUAUGGGACGGAAUCAGGUGCAUUUUGCGACGGGGCCGGGGGUGGAGGAGGUGCUUGGGCAGUUGGAUCAGAAUAAGGAGGGGAAUGGGGAUAAAGGAAAGGUGAUUUCGGGGAUGAGACGCGAUGCGCAGGUGUUGGUUUAUGUGGAUUUGGAGAGGGCGUUGAAGGCGGGAUGUCCGUUUUGGAGGAGUGAGAAUGGGGUUAUUCUUAGUGAGGGGAUGAGUGUGGGUGUAGCUGGUGAGGGUGAGGGAGGAGAGAAGAUGGUACCGUUGGAGUUUGUGGAUGUGGUGGUGGAGCGGAAGAUGGGGAAGAUUUGGGAGCGCGGUCAGGUGGUGCAGCAGUGGCCGUCGGAAUGGGCGCAGGGGAGAAAUCCCAAGGGACGGUCCGACGGGAAGCGUCGAUGAUGCAUCAGCUUUCCUACAUAGUACUCACUACUCUGUAGGAAUAACUAAUAAGAUUGGAUAGUAUGGAUGCAAAUGUCAGGCAAUGUGGGGUGAAUUGAUGGCUUCCGAAGCCGUGCGGGGAAGUCGGAUGC